AUGCCGAUUAAAAGAGGUCACAUUGCACCACACAACACUUACAUCGUCACUCUUAUCAGGAACUUUGAUUCGCAAUAUGAAAACUUCAUCGUAGCAAACGCCUCUUUGCCAUCCAGACCAAUUAUAUACUGUAGUGAUGGGCUCUGUGAUCUUCUUCGAUACACAAAAGGCCAACUUAUGUUCAAGUCUUCCGCCUUGUCUGUGUUUUACGGUCCUGAAACCACUCCUGGAUCUAUGGAAGCACUUCUGGCUUCUCUUAAUCAACCUAAUGAGACAGAAAUAUGCAUGAACCUGUAUUCCAGAGACAAUUGUGUCAUAUCUUUCCGCAUUGUCGUAACGCCUGUUCGCGAUGAAAAUGGUGGAUUACCCCUAUAUUUGCUUUUCUUCAGAGAGGAAGUCAGUGAUGCGCAGACAUCUCAUAUUAACAAAAGGCCGAGUCUAUACACAAGGUGGCAGCUUAAGUCGUUCCGCGUAAACAGAAGUCCUAAUCAUAUGCCGAAGACUGGCAGUCGUUCAAAUGCUCCAAAGUCGUCUAAACCUGUUAUGGAUUUCAGAAGACACUUUAAAGAUAGAAGAAGUGAUACAUCUGAUUUAAAACUAAAUCCUAUUGCUGGAGACUCUGGUCCUACAGAAACACUAGCUUGCCCCCAAACUUUGUCAACAAAUGAGAAAACCCAGUUUAUUGAAGAUUGCAAUGCUGAAUGUGUAUCUGUCCAGUCAAAAGGGUGUCGUCCAGUUUCUCUCUUUCUACCUAAGGAUCAGAGUGAUGUAUCUCCUAGGGGAUUGAUGCAAUCAAAGGUGGAUUUAUCAGAAAGUCGACAAGGCAAUCCUCAACGUCUUGAAAAAUCAAAGCAUAGACCGGCUACUUGGUAUAGAAGCCACAAUGAAGACGAAAAUCCUGAAAUGAUACACAGUUCUACAAGGAGUCGCCACUUGCAUCCAGCCAGUGAAGAGUCUGAGGCUCUUCAGUUGGUAUUGAGUAGCCAUGCAGAACCUCCAAAGUCAUCUGUUACUGAAAAAUUCGCUCAAUUCCUCUCUAUGGAUGAAGAUUUGCAUGUGGAGCAUCGUUUCCAGUCUCCACGUAUGCAUAAAUUUACUUUAAAACACUACAGUGUUUUCAAAGCUGUUUGGGAUUGGAUUAUUUUGGUACUAAUUAUUUACACUGCCAUUUUCACUCCGUAUAUGACAGUUUUUCUCAUGAAUACCGGAAACAAGUAUGCAAAAUUAAUUUCCUCAGGAAAUACCUCCUCUGCAAACGUUAUUGGUACUAGUUAUCUACGAAAUAAAUCGUCGACUAUGAAUAAUUCAACAUUGAACAUUCAUUCUGUCCAGUCGUCGUCUUCGACUACAACUUCUCAGGGUGCGUCAAAAUUAUUGUCAACUGUUGACAUUCUAGUCGAUAUCAUGUUCAUAAUUGACAUUCUGAUUAAUUUUCGUACUACCUAUGUGAAUAAAAAUGAUGAAGUUGUUUCACACCCCAAGCGUAUCGCUGCUCAUUAUAUCAAAGGCUGGUUUAUAAUUGAUCUGGUAGCAGCUAUCCCAUUCGAUCUGUUGUUUUAUCGUUCAUCUGGAGAUCAACCUACUGCACUAACUGGCCUUUUAAAAUCAGCUCGUCUUCUCCGUCUAGUUGGUAUUGUUCGAAAAUUGGAUAGAUAUUCAGAGUAUGGUGCUUCAAUUUUAAUAUUAUUAACAGCCUUAUUUGCUUUAAUCGCCCAUUGGUUGGCUUGUAUUUGGUAUGCCAUUGGUCAUGCAGAGCAUUUGUAUAGGGAACCGAAAAUUGGUUGGUUAGACACACUUGCUAUACAUACAGAACAAUAUUAUACUGAUCAACCGAAUUCAGGUCCGGAUUUGAAAACAAAAUAUAUCACAGCACUAUAUUUCACAUUUUCUAGUCUUACAUCAAUCGGUUUUGGAAAUGUCAGCCCGAAUACAAAUGCUGAAAAAAUUUUCUCCAUUGUUGUUAUGCUAGUUGGAUCCCUAAUUGGAACAGCACGUUAUCAUGCACAAAUGUUACGUAUUAAAGAAUUCAUACGUUUUCAUCAGAUACCAAGUCCAUUACGUCAACGAUUAGAAGAAUAUUCUACUCAAGUAUGGGAGCAUACUAACGGCAUAGAUAUGACAAUGGUUCAAUAUAGCUUUCCAGAGUCAUUACAAUCAGAUAUUUGUCUUUAUGUUUACCGUCAUUUUUUAAGUGGAUCAGCCGCAUUCAAGUCACUAAAUGAUGGUUGCCUUCGAAAUAUAUCUCUGCGUAUCCGUUCUUCACAUAUGCCACCAAGUGAUACAUUAGUGCACACUGGUGAUCUAUUGACAGCUGUCUAUUAUGUUGUUAAAGGCAGUUUAGAGGUUGUGACCACAGAUGACGUCAUUUUAGGUGUGUUGAAUCCUGGUGAUUUUUUCGGUGGUCUCCCUCCUCUAGCUACAGUGCAGAAGAACCUAAAUACAAACAAUUUCGGAAAUGCAUGGGAUUAUUGUGUAAACAAUCGUUUUGCUAACAUGAAUACUAGUUCAAAAGUUAUGCAAAGUGAAGACUAUGCAUCUAUGCAGAACGAUAAUAAUAACCAUAAUGGCAAUAAUGCGAACGGUGUUGUUUAUCAACCGAAUCCACCUCCAAAAUCUCGUUUUGCUGUUCGUGCACUGACAUAUGCCGAUGUUCAAUUCAUUGACAGGCAUGAUUUAGCUGAAUUAUGUUCUAUUUAUCCAGAAUUAUCUCUACGAUUAUUGGAACGUUUUGAGUUAACGUUACCGUUAACUAUUUCACCUGCCACGAAACCUACCAAACAUUCUGCAACUAUGCCUAAUGUAGAGACAUUUCUAGACGCUACAUCAUCAUGGCAUAUUGUUUGUCCACUUCUUUUGAGUGGUUCAAUGUCUUCGCGUACAGGUGAAUAUUCAAAAUUAAGUGUGUUAAAUAGUUCAGCUCAGGGUAGAUAUAGUGAUAAUCCAUUCACUGGUAAACCGCCAUGGGAAUUAGAGCGUUUCCAACGCUUAUUUGAUCAUGGUGCAUUGUCAUAUAGUCCAACCGCCUAUCCUAACGCUCAAGUACCUGUAUACUUUACUGACUCAUUAUAUAAUCCGUGUCCUACAGCUCCUUGUCAUCAACCACCAAUGGCCCGCAAAUCAGAAUCCAUCACCAUAUGCUCAACUCAUUCAUCUGAACAAAAUCCUUCAUUACCUGUUUCGCCUAUAAUUAAUAAUCAAUCAUUACAAGAACGUCGAUUACGUAUGCGCUCAACACGCAAUAUUUCACCGAAGCCAUCACACUCGUCGAUUCUAAAUCUUCCAACUCAUUCUACCGAUAUAACUAAUCAUGCAGUUUAUUCACCUGUGAUACCUCAAACAAUUUCACAUACUCCAGGAAAGAAACUUAUGGAGGAAGAAAAACAAAUUAUUGAUAUACUAGUUGCUCGUUUUGCAAAUGUUGAAAAGCAAAUAGAAAAUCUGGACAUUCGUAUAUCACAGUCUGUCACUACUAUCCUACAACAGUUAGAAUCAAAAUUGGCUAAACACCGACCAUUUUCCAGUUGA